UUCGUCCGAGUUGUGGCAGUCCCUCUCUACCGAGGAAGUCGUGGAGGAACAGCUGAUGGAGAAUUUGCUGGCCAGGCUGCAGGACCACCACAGCACUGAGCUGCAGACCUCCGCUGCCUCUCUUGCCAUCACUCAGGCUCUCUACGAAGUCAUCUCGGUGCCUGAAUCGAAAGACACCAUCCAGAGACUUUAUCCAGACCUUCUGACUGCUCUGCUCAUCGAACUCUACUUCAGCAACCAGGCCGAAAGUCUGCCGGAUACGAAUUUCCUCCGGAAGCGAUGUGGUCGUGGGGAAAACCUUGCGAGCUUUUCAGCGGAGGCCAUCAAAUUGCUCAUGAUUCGCACUGGCUGCCGCUACGAGGUCACGUUCAUGGAGAGGACGCGGGGCUGGAGCAUGCUGCAGAGCGCCGGGGAAGUGCUCCAGGGGGCCACGCUGCUGGCAAGAGCCAUGCUGCACUUUGCUUGCCCCGAGACCAUGAGGAUAUUGGACCUGAUGUUCUCUCUGCUCAGCAAAGGCAGCAAGAAACUCAAGCCGACCACCAUUGCUUUCUUCGUAGAGCUUCUCCACUACCAGGAGAUUGAGCAGCUGCCGGCGGAUCAGAUCUUUGAGAGUCUUGAGGAGUGGACCAGGAACCCCAGCCCAGAUGUCCGUUCCCUUGGCCUGAGAGCUCUGGGCAUCUUAGCCAUCCACCCCGAUAAGGUGGAGGAGGUCAAGACCCUCAUGCCAACCCUCUUGGGCAGCUUGGAAGAGGCAGACGGCGUGGUUGUCACUGAGGGCAUCACGGCCAUCCAGAAUCUUCUGAAGUUCAUGCAGAGGAGUGACAUCGUCAGCCUGGCUGAGAAGCUGCUUCCUUUGUUCAGCAACGCAGAGGCCAGGACCCGCAAUUCCGCCAUUGCCCUGUUUGCUGAGCUGCCCAACGUGGUCAAGAAGAAGGAGAAGUACCUCAUCCAAGAGCAGGUGACACAGAGUCUGCUCCCGCUGCUCCUGCACCUGCAAGACGAGGACACCGAUGUGGUGAAGGGUUGCCAGGAUGCCCUCGCCAGGUGCUUCCGCUUCCUGGGCUGGUCCCUCCCGAAGAAGAUCAACAGCAAGAAGGCUUGGCACGACCACCCUCAGAUCGCAGAGACCCUCUGCCGGCAAAUCUCCUGGAAGGUCAAGACCAUCCCUGUCAUCUUGCUCCAAUGUCUGGACCACCUUCAGUGCCCUCAGGUCUCGAUCCGGAGAGCGGCUGCCAUCUUUCUUGGUUGCGUUGCCCAGUGUGCAGAGCCACUUGCGAUCACUCAGGAAAAAAAGGACUUGAUAUUCCUCUCGCUCUCCAAACUGCGGCAGGAUCACGACCCCUCCGUCCGCCUGACAGCCUUGCAAGCCACCCGGAUGGUGCAGGAAGCCUGUGGCAUCACAGCCGCCAUCUCUCCCCGGUUUUCUGGCUCGGAGGGGGAAGACAGCCUCUCCUCCGACCGGGGCCACUGGGAGACGCCGGAUCCUGCCGUGACGCACCGGUGGAACCCAGCUUCCCCCACCUCCCACCGGUUGGUGCCCAGCGCUGCCAGGAAGAGAGGAUUCGGGCCGACCCGGCAGGCCUGAUCCCACCUACCAAGACGCCCCUGCGCUCCCUUGGGAGGCGCUCGACGUAAGCUCAGGAGACCUGCACACAACUCCCAGUCGAAAAGGCACCAGAGCCACAGAUGAUGGGAGAGGACAGGAAAAGAAGGAGCCCCCGUUGGAGGCGGCAGGAGAAGGAUGCUCAGCGUGCCUGGAUUCGGCCAGCGUCCGCAGUAGGACAGGAACGGGGAAUGUUCUGUGGUGCGAACCAUCAAGACUUCCUCUUGCAUUCCUCCAUAGAACCAGGAUGGCCUUGCAUGGAGCUUUCUGGCUGCAGGAGGACGGAGCCAGCAGUGGCUGCAGGAGAAGCGUCAGUCGAAGGAUGCAGAUGAGAAACCCAAAAUGUGGUGGAUGCAAGCCGACCGUUCUUGCUUGCUGAAGAACCCAUACCGUUAAGGGCCUUCACAUUGCUUGCAAAAUGCAGCUUCCUGCAUUAAGAUAGGAUU